UACUAGGUUCCUAGCUAGCUGUCCCGGAUGUAAACAAUAUAUUGACCACAACAAUCUUGACGUUGUAGUUUAAUCUGCCCUUGAACUUUGUGACAGAUAGCUAUAUUUGCGACAUUAUACGACAUUAAUAGACACUUGCAUCCAACAACGUUCCCCGAUUGGUUGGUAGCAAACGUUAUACGAAGUAACGUUAACGUUUGCUAGCUAUAGCCACAUCUUGUAUUUUUCGGUGGUUGACGUGUAAAGUUGCAGUGCUGUUGCUUUCAAGGAAAACGUCGUCCAUCUAAUGAGAAUGGUGCACAUUCUAAGAAUCUAAGAAAAGCACAAACACUACAGUGACAGGCAUCCGCUCUCUCCCCAGCCAUGGCUGGUCUCUUCCACAGAAGGUUGCGUCUGAGGACUGCUCUCAGGUGGAUGAGUCCCCUCAGCACUGCCUCACCUCCAGCCGUAGUCAGAACUUUACCCCCAGGCUUUAGCAGCGGCCUGCUCCAGACACCCAGGCCCGUGUCUUGUGGCGUCCACUGUCGGGAGCUCCAUGCUGGGGAAGAGAGACCCACCCCGUCACCCACAGCUGCCCCAGAGAGGAGGCCUUUCUCCAGGGUAACUCCAGAGGACAUGGCCUUCUUCAGCAAGAUGAUACCAGGCAGGACCAUCACUGACCCAGAUAUACUGGAGGCCAGUAAUGUGGACUGGCUCAAGUCAGUGAGAGGUUUCAGUGAGGUUCUGCUGAGGCCCCAGACCACAGAGGAAGUUUCUCAGAUCCUUGGGUACUGUAACAGUCGUAACCUGGCAGUGAGUCCUCAGGGUGGUAACACAGGGCUGGUGGGAGGCAGUGUUCCUGUCUAUGAUGAGAUCAUCCUCUCUACCGCUCUCAUGAACAAUGUCCUCAACUUCGACUCUGUCUCCGGUAUUCUGUUGUGCCAAGCAGGUUGUGUGUUGGAGAACCUGUCUCUUUACCUAGAGGACAGGGACUACAUCAUGCCUCUGGACCUGGGGGCAAAGGGAAGCUGCCAUAUAGGAGGCAACGUGGCCACUAACGCUGGAGGACUGAGGCUGCUACGCUACGGAUCCCUACGAGGGACAGUAUUAGGACUAGAGGUGGUGCUAGCAGACGGGAGGGUCCUGGACUGCCUAGCCACCCUGAGGAAGGACAACACAGGAUAUGACCUCAAACAGCUGUUCAUCGGGUCAGAGGGCACACUGGGGGUCAUCACCGCCGUAACCAUCCUGUGUCCACGGAAACCUAAAGCCGUCAACGUGGCCUUCCUGGGCUGUGAAAGUUUUGAGCAGCUGCUGCAGACCUUCCAGCUGUGUAGAGGCAUGCUGGGAGAGAUCCUCUCAGCCUUUGAGUUCCUGGACAGAGAGUGUAUGAGACUGCUGAACACACACCUGAAACUGGCUAACCCCAUCACAGACUGUCCGUUCUACAUCGUCAUAGAAACGUCCGGCUCUAACCCCACCCACGAUGAGGAGAAGUUGCACCAGUUUCUGGAGGAGGCCAUGACAUCAUCCCAGGUUAUCGACGGGACCGUAGCAACGGAGGAGGCCAAAAUCAAGGCUCUCUGGUCACUGCGUGAGCGGGUAACAGAGGCUUUAACUCAUGAUGGUUUCACAUAUAAAUACGACAUCUCACUUCCUGUGGAACGGAUCUACCAGCUGGUCACAGAUAUGAGAGAACACCUGGGAAACAGGGCCAAGAGUGUGGUGGGAUACGGACACGUUGGUGAUGGUAACCUCCACCUGAACAUCACCUCUCCUACCAAAGAUCCCGACCUCCUGGCGUCCAUCGAACCCUUUGUCUAUGAGUGGACGGCCCGUUUCCAGGGCAGCAUCAGCGCAGAGCACGGCCUGGGCCUGAAGAAGAGGAACUAUAUUUACUACAGUAAAGCCAGCCUGGCUGUCGCUCUGAUGGGGAACAUUAAGAUCAUGUUAGAUCCCAAAGGCAUUCUCAACCCUUAUAAGACCCUGCCGGACGACCUGCAAUGACCAUAUUGCUCCUUCCCUGAUUAACUUAACUUAAACACCUGACCUGACCUUCACUCAACUCUCAUAAGACACUACCAGUUGACCUUUCACCCUGCACGACCAUACCCGAUGAACUCAAUGAACCCUGACCCAAACCCCCCUCCAGACUACAGACUCAGACCACCUCCACUGCUGACUCCAGGGCCCAGUUUCACAAAACCUUCUUAACAAGAAAUGUCUUACUUUUCUUUGCAUAAGAAGUGUUUUGUGAAUCUGGGCCCAGAUCUCUGGUAUGGUGUUAUUGUUGUGUAAAGGUACUGUAAGGCUUGUCUAGGCUAGGAUUCAAUCUGAUCUCACUUUGUCGGCAGUGCACGUUUUAAAGGCAAUGUUUACGAGUUCACAGAGACCACAUUCACAGUAUACCCUGCAUAUGUCUGCUCAAUCGGAAAUGACCUUAAGUGGCGCAUUGUCCAAAUCCGCGAUCGGAUUGAAUCCCGGCCCUAGUUAACUACCUCUGAUACGCAACUCUACCCUGCACUGAUGAGGCCCUAGUAGACCAGUCUGAUAACCGUGGCCAUAGUUCUCUCAUUGUACAAGUGUCUGAUCAACUUCUAAUGUAAGUAUAAUCUGUGUUCAUUCAUUGUAAAUAGUGCAGAUUAUAAUUUUUUACCUAAUCAGUUUAUUAUUUUACCACCAGAAUUGAAGACAGCAGAUGGUGUUUGGUAACAGUGCAGAUAUUGUUUUAUUACAUGUAAAAUAUAUAUAUAUAUAUUUUUAAAUGUACAGCAACAACAUAAGCUCAUUUUGUGAAUGAAUACAGAAUCUCUAAAAGCUA